UCCUGCGAGCGACUAAGGUGUUGUUUUUCACGAGAAAAAGCACUUUAACUUCUCCUUACCCUUAUAUUGACGAACAGGUUGCGGGAUACGGUGGGAGAUAGUUUUUCGCUCUGGAAGGCGCAGAUGCCGGUUUUAGCAUCCACGCUCUGGGGUAGAUCUUAUCGAGUAAUGACUAAUCAUCGGAGCUCAUUUGCGGCAUGAAUGACAACGACGUGACAGCCUGUACCAAGAAUCAAUAUCUAGAUAUUUGGCGAAAUUCGACUCUGAAAUCCUACACUAAUUAAGCGACCGAAUUCUUUGCAAGAUUGGAAUCACGAAGCUUUGUAGUUCCCUUUGUUUACGGACAACGUUAGUGGAAGUCUCUGCGAUCGCAAUCGCCAGAAUACCUUCGAGAAAUUAUCGUCUGGCACUAAGUAUUCUAGCGGGGAGCAAUUCUUUAAUUAACGUAACUAGUCAGAGUGGAAGCCACAGAGGUUUUUCUCGACCAUUGAUUUCGUUGUGUUCAUCUUUGAGGUGUCAACGUGGUGUGAAUUUCAUCCUCUUUGGAAAUUCUUUGUACGACUGUUGUAAACUGUGUGCGAAAUACAGACCAGAAAUCGAUCAAAGCUGGCGGCGAUCGCAAAUUAUAACGAUAUAACUUUACUCGGGUAAAUCGCCGAGUGCUCAGUUGACGCGGAAUCAGAAACUAUGGCAUCUCCGAUCAAGCGAAUGAUGAGUUUACGGGAAACGAAGUCUAACAAGGUAAAUGGUGAAUCGCCUUCCCAAAGUUCAAAUCGAAAGCCAAAAAUCUUGAAAAUUCUACGCAGACAAUCAUUUAAUCAAGGUAGAAAGCGUAGUAAUGACGAAUCCAGCACUCGUUCCGCUCCAGAAGUAGUGGACGAUCAACAGAAUGUACCGAAACCGGUUGUGAAAUCGCCGAAUCAAAUACGUGAUUUGGAAGCCUUUCAACAGUACCACAAAGAACUACGCAGUGCAGUUCAGUAUUUUAUUCUCAUUUUGAACAAUUUCAAGAGCAACAUGGACAUUGUAAUGGCAAAAAUCCCGGACAACACUUCGAUCGUGUUGGAGUCAAUCAUCAAUAUCGACAAUAUGCUUGAUACCUGUCUGCGACUUCACAGUAGUAACAGCGAUCUGUUACCUUACAGAAAAUCAAUUCACAAACGAAUGGCAGAGCUAGUUCGAUGGAGCGAUCAGCUUUUGGUGCGAGGAAAUGUUAAAGGCAAUCUCGAAGAAGGAAUCGAAUGCGUUAAAGAUCUUGAAGCGAGCGUGCAGGAAUUAGUGGAUUUGGCAAUUCCGCGGCUUAGAAAACGGGAACUAAAUGAUGAAAUUCGAAACUCAAUUUUCAUGUUCGAAGGAAGCAGUGAAAGUAUUCAAGUUGGUGAAUCGGACUACGGACAUUCGUCUAAUCGAAGAGAUUCGGGAAUCAGCGAAGGGAGUCUUGUUGAUAGUGCUUGUCAGGAUUCCAGUUCUUCAAGGGCUUCUCCGGCUACUUCUCGUGAUUCUGGUCGCGGUUCUUAUAACUACAUCCUUGAUCAACCUGAUACAGCUCAUCAUAAUGGAUACUUAAGCCCUCCUGAACCUCCAGUCCGAGGAAGGCAGUCAUUCAGGAGCACAUCAAAUUACAACCAUCAACGCAAUCCUGCCACCUUAAAAAACUCUGACUGGUCACUCAGCCAGGCAAGCGAUUCAUCCAGCUAUCGCUCGCUACCGCACUCACCAGUUAGUUCUCAGGAUGAAUUCAAUGGCCAUGCAUUUCUAUCAGCAUCAAGCUCUGUUGAAGAAGAAGGAUCAUUCUUUUCUGCAGAUGAUCAUGAAGAACCAGAGGGCCCUAUAAUCCAAGCCUCUUUUCUGGGAUACAUAGAGAAUCAUGAAUUAUCAACACCCAAAAAGAAAUCCUUUCAAGUGUACAUUGAACUUGUUGGAAAUUACACUCAGCCUGCUGAUGGGAUCUUAAAACGGCCAUCAUCUGCUUAUGAUGGUUACCAGGAAAGUUUUCGGCGUAGCAUCAGUACAAAUGCAAAUUCUCCCACCUCACCUGUGCUCAAUAAAGAAAUGUUUGCAUUUCGAAACGUUGCAGAUUCAGAACGUUCUCAUUCUCUUCCCACCUUGCAAGCAAGUACAGGAAAACUCUCGCCUUCCCACCAAAUCAAAACAAAUGGAACCCUUGACUGGAACAAAAAUGUCAGAACAGAUUCUCAAAGGAAAAAGCUACUUCCACUUGAGGAAGAAAGGUGCCGGAAACAAAGUAACACCAGCAGUAGCUCAAGCAGUUUGAGUGGAACAGAAGAUGAGGACGUCAAUACCCCUGCACUUGAUUGUUUGGAUGUUUCAAGGUUUCUUGUCUAUCGCAAUGAUGACGAUGGGCCGACGCUCAUUGGUGGAGCUAUUGAUGCACUCAUUGUCCAUGCCAGUGGUUCAACAAAGAAAGACCUGGUUUAUUAUGAAGCUUUCCUCACAACUUAUAGAACUUUCAUUUCUCCUAAGGAUCUUAUCACCAAACUCCUCUACAGGGAGAGGAGGUUUCGAGAGAAAGGUUCUAAGAGAGCCAGCCAAAAUGCUUUCUUCUUACUUCUCAGAGUUGUUGAUGAAUUGACUGGAAAAGUUGAGAGAAGCAUCUUGGAGCAGCUAAUGAAAGAAGUGUAUCGCCUUCUUGUAAAUGGAGACAUUGUUCUUGGAAAGAUUUUGCGUGACAAAAUGUUGCCAAAGUGUGACAAUUACUACAAGUCGCGUUCUCCUUCGAGCAACACUCCUCCUACCCUCCCCAUGGAUCCAGCACAGAGGUACACAGUGUUGGAUUUUAAUGCUGAGGAUCUUGCAAAACAACUCACCUUAAUUGAUGCUAGGAACUUCCACAACAUUGAAAUUCCAGAAAUCCUUGCAUGGGGUAAGGAACAAAAGGAGGAACUCUCACCAAACUUGUGCAUUUUUACAGAUCACUUCAACAAAGUUUCCUAUUGGUGUCGUACGCAUGUUCUCUCAUUUGAGAAACAGAAGGACAGGGAGCAGGCCUACCUUAAAUUCCUGAAAAUCAUGAAGCAUUUACGGAGGUUCAAUGACUUUAACUCAUUCUUUGGAAUCCUUUCUGCGCUGGACUGUUCUGCAGUGAGGAGACUCAACUGGCCUAAGAAUUUGCCAGAGAAUCUAGCAGAGUAUGCAACAUUGAUUGACAGCUCGUCAUCUUUCAGGUCAUAUCGGGAUGCACUGGCACAAGCACAGCCACCUUGCAUUCCCUAUCUUGGACUCAUCCUCCAAGAUGUCACGUUUGUUUACCAUGGUAACGCAGAUGAACUGCCUGAUGGCAAAGUGAAUUUUGUGAAGAGGUGGCAGCUUUUUAAUAUUGUUGACAAUGUGCGACGGUUUAAACUUACAAGUUAUGAUUUCGAGUGGAAUGAUCAGAUUUCACAACUAUUUGCAGGAAUGGACAAUUUCUUGUCAGAAGAGGAUCUGUACGAGAGGUCUCUUAAACUGAAGCCUCGAGAAUGAACGUAACUACGUCUCCUAGUUCAAUUUCAUGACAUUAGUGGAUAUGUACUUAAGGUGAAAAUAUUAUUGCAUUAUGCAGUCCACAUAUUAUUCAAUCACAUUUUGAAAUUUUUUAGAAAAAUGCCUAAAUCCUUUUUUUUUUGUUUUUAUUGUUUUUCUUUUGUGCAUAAUUGCAUGUUGAUAUUUUCCAGUGUACAGUCAGAUACUUAUGAUAUUUUGGCCUCCAAAUUUGACUUCAUUGGUACGGCCCCUUGCAGGCUUCAUAAAUAAUUUAGUGGCAGCUGAUUUUAUAUUGAGUGAAUUGUUUCAUGUUGGUGACUGUUAGCUUCUAGAAACACUGGCAAUGCAAAUGCCUAGGCAAUAUGGUGCAACC